CUGUGGGGCCAGAUUGGGUGGCAGCGAGGAGCCAUUUUGAGCGCCGUCUCGACGAACCUCAUCGCAGCAUCCGCCGCCAACUUUAAGGCGGGCGAAAGUUGGCUAGCUCUCCCCGCGCCGGAGCGUUCGGGGAGCCUCGUCCUUUCCAGGCUCCCCAGCUGCUGAUGGACGAGGCCGGAUGAGCAGCUCAGGGGGGUGGAUGGAUUUUGUAGCCCUUUCACCGCCGCCCCUGCCUCCUAAGCCUCGGAGAUGCUCCGUUUGCCGGGGGCCACCUGGCUGUCGUGGAUCUCGCUGCUGGCGCUCGCGACGGCUGGCUGGGAGCUGCACCUCCUUUGCGGCGGCGGCGGCCCGGGGCGCUUGCUCUUGGACCUGUCGCUGGGGCCGGAGUGGCUCUGCGCGCUGGACGAGACUCUGACGCCCCGCCGACUGAGGGACGCUGUGGAGGUGACGAGCGACGGGCUGCUGAGGACGACGGCGGCGCCGGUGGAGUGCGCGGGCUUGGUGGGAAAUCCGCUGCCCCUCCAUUUGCGCCUGGCUUCUCCCACCGGCGGCGUCCUUCUCUCGCUCCGCCCGCCGGUUUACCUGCACGGCUGGGGCGGCCCUGGCGGGUCCCACCAGCGAGCUGCCACCCGGCCACGCCUGGCCAGUGUUUCAGCCCUUCCCCUCGGGCAGCGUUUGCCCUCUCGGCUCUGCUUCCCCCCUCCCUGUGGGCAGCAGGUGCUUCCCCAAGUGGGGGAGGCAGAGGGAGAACCCCUGCUCUGGGCUCUCAUGGCUCUGACAAGCUUCCCACAGUGUACAUGUCCCAGCGGUCAGCCUUUGGGGGAAGUUGGGAAGAAACCACUAGACUGCCACCUUCCCCAUGGGACCAUCCCCCUGCAGCUUCUUUGCCGCUUGAAGAAGACCCAGGGGGAUGUUCUGGUAGAGCUGGGUAGUCCUAGGCCUUGGGGAGUGAAACGGCUGGUAGGGGAUAAGUUGGAGGUGAAUAGAAGCAGGCAAGAGGGCUCCCCACAAUUUGGGACCCGGAACAAAGGCCACUGGGAUUCUGAGCCUCGAGGGCCUCGGAGGAUGAGGAGUGUGAACAGUCCACCACAGUUCAAGCUGCCCAAUUACCAAGUUUCAAUUGCUGAGAACCAGCCUGCAGGCACAGCAGUCAUCACCCUAGAAGCCCAUGACCCAGAUGAAGGAGAGGCAGGCCGAUUAACCUAUUCUAUGGAGGCCUUUUUUGACAAAAGAUCCAAUGAUUACUUCUCUGUUGAUUCUGAGACGGGAGCAAUAGUCACCACCCGUAAGUUGGAUCGAGAGACAAAAGAUACCCAUGUGCUUCAGGUAACUGCAACAGACCAUGGGUCCCCACGGCAUCGCUCAGCAAUCACCUUCCUGACUGUGACUGUAAGUGACACCAAUGACCAUGAUCCUGUGUUUGAACAGCCAGAGUACCGAGAGAACAUUAGGGAGAACCUUGAGGUAGGUUAUGAAGUGCUAACAAUUCGUGCCACAGAUGAGGAUGCUCCAGACAAUGCUAAUUUGCUCUAUCGUAUCCUAGAGCCUGGGUCUGGAGAAAGAAUUUUUGAGAUUGACCCAUAUUCUGGUGUUGUGAGAACUUGUGCCACUGUGGACAGAGAGGAAGUCUCAGAAUAUCAUCUUGUGGUAGAAGCCAAUGACCAGGGGAAAGACCCAGGUCCACGAAGUGCCACAGUUACAGUGCAUAUCACAGUGGAAGAUGAGAAUGACAAUUCCCCACAAUUCAGCGAGAAACGCUACUUGGUACAAAUACCAGAAGACAGUCCAGUCAACAGUCAGGUAUUGCAGGUACAAGCCACUGACCGAGACCGUGGCAACAAUGCCCAGGUGCAUUAUAGUAUUGUGAGUGGCAAUCUGAAGGGCCAGUUUUAUAUCCAUUCUUUUUCUGGCUCUAUUGACUUGAUCAAUCCCCUGGACUAUGAGACAAUUCGAGAGUACACCCUCAGGAUCAAGGCCCAAGAUGGAGGACGGCCUCCACAGAUCAAUUCAAGUGGAAUGGUGUCCAUCCAAGUGUUAGAUGUAAAUGACAAUGCCCCUAUUUUUGUGAGUACCCCCUUUCAAGCCACAGUGCUAGAAAAUGUCCCCAUAGGAUAUUCAGUGUUACACAUUCAGGCAGUAGAUGCUGACUCUGGGGACAAUGCUCGUUUGGAAUACAAACUCUUUGAGCUCUCUCAUCCUUCUGCCAUGGCAUCCCCAGGUGGGCACACCAGCUUUCCUUUCCAGAUCAACAAUAGUACAGGAUGGAUUACAGUGUCAUCUGAGCUUGACCGAGAGACUACAGAGAAUUACCACUUUGGGGUGGAGGCCAGAGACCAUGGAGUGCCUGUCAUGACUUCCUCCGCCAGUGUAUCUAUCACUGUCCUUGAUGUCAAUGAUAACAGUCCUACUUUCACUGAAAAAGUCUAUCAGCUCAGGCUGAAUGAGGAUGCAGCAGUAGGUAGCAGUGUCUUGACACUGACUGCAGUGGACAAAGAUGUCAAUAGUGUGGUAACCUACCAGAUCACUAGUGGCAACACAAGGAAUCGCUUUGCCAUUACUAGUCAGAGUGCAGGUGGUCUGAUUACUCUGGCCUUGCCGCUGGAUUAUAAGCAGGAAAGGCAGUAUGUGUUGACUGUCACGGCUUCAGAUGGAACUCUCUUUGAUACAGUCCAAGUCUUCAUCAAUGUCACAGAUGCCAAUACACACCGACCAGUUUUCCAGAGUUCACACUAUACAGUGAGUGUCAGUGAGGACAAGCCCAUUGGAACAUCCAUUGUAACAAUCAGUGCCACUGAUGAAGAUACUGGAGAGAAUGCAAGAAUUACUUACAUCUUGGAAGACAGCAUUCCUCAGUUCCGCAUCGAUCCUGACACAGGAACAAUCACUACCUUGAUGGAAUUAGACUAUGAGGAUCAAGCUUCUUACACAUUAGCCAUCACAGCCCAGGACAAUGGGAUCCCUCAGAAGUCUGAUACCACCUAUGUGGAGAUCCUCAUUCUAGAUGCCAAUGACAAUGCACCUCGUUUUCUUCGAGAUCGGUACCUGGGCUCUGUUUUUGAAGAUGUGCCCCUGUCCACUAGUGUUUUGCAGGUGUCAGCUGUAGACCGUGACUCAGGCCCCAAUGGCCGCCUUGUUUAUACCUUCCAGGGUGGGGAUGAUGGUGAUGGAGAUUUUUACAUUGAAGCCACAUCAGGGGUAAUACGGACAUUGCGCAAGCUGGAUCGUGAGAAUGUAGCUGUCUACAGCUUGCGGGCUUUUGCUGUGGAUAGGGGUAGCCCACCUCUCAAAGCCUCUGUUGACAUCCAAGUUACUGUAUUGGAUAUCAAUGAUAAUCCCCCUGUUUUUGAACAAGAUGAAUUUGACAUCUUCAUUGAGGAGAACAGUCCUGUUGGUUCAAUUGUGGCUCGGAUUAGCGCAAUAGACCCUGAUGAGGGAACCAAUGCACAGAUCAUGUAUCAGAUUGUAGAGGGGAACAUUCCCGAGGUCUUCCAGCUUGACCUUCUUAAUGGUGACCUCACAGCCCUGAUGGAUCUGGAUUAUGAGAGCCAGACGGAGUAUGUAAUUGUGGUACAAGCUACCUCAGCCCCACUUGUAAGCCGAGCUACUGUGCACAUCCGCCUCCUAGAUCAAAAUGACAAUCCUCCUGUGUUGCAUGACUUUCAGAUCCUAUUCAACAAUUAUGUCACCAACAAAUCUAAUAGCUUUCCUUCUGGAGUGAUUGGCAAGAUCCCUGCCCAUGAUCCUGAUAUAUCUGACCAACUUGACUACACCUUUGUCCAGGGCAAUGAAUUAAACCUGUUGCUUUUGGAUUCUGCUACUGGAGAACUCAAGCUCAGCCGAGAUUUGGACAACAACAGACCCCUUGAGGCCAUAAUGAAGGUAUCAGUUUCUGAUGGUAUUCACAGUGUUACGGCACUUUGCACCUUACGGGUUACAAUCAUCACCGAUGACAUGCUUACCAACAGUAUCACGGUACGAUUGGAAAACAUGUCCCAAGAGAGGUUUUUGUCCCCUCUGCUGGCUCUCUUCGUGGAAGGCGUGGCUACUGUACUAUCAACCACUAAGGAGGGCAUUUUUGUCUUCAACAUUCAAAAUGACACGGAUGUUAGCUCCAAUAUUCUGAAUGUGACAUUUUCUGCCUUACUUCCUGGUGGCAUUCGAAACAAAUUCUUCCCCUCUGAAGACCUUCAAGAGCAGAUAUACCUCAACCGGACGCUCCUCACAUUGAUAUCUACUCAACGAGUAUUGCCUUUUGAUGAUAACAUUUGUCUGCGGGAACCUUGUGAAAACUACAUGAAGUGUGUAUCUGUACUGAAAUUUGACAGCUCCGCUCCAUUUAUUAGUUCAAAUACUGUACUUUUCCGACCCAUACACCCUAUCAAUGGGUUGAGGUGUCGCUGCCCCCCUGGGUUUACUGGUGACUAUUGUGAAACAGAGAUUGACCUCUGCUACUCUAAUCCAUGUGGAAACAAUGGCCUUUGUCGAAGUCGAGAGGGAGGCUAUACUUGUGAAUGUUAUGAAGACUACACUG